UGGGCCGGGGGCUGCCCGCGGCCUCGACCCCCGCCGCGACCCUGCAGCCCGCAGCCAGCCCCAAGAUGAUGAAGAGGCAGCUGCAUCGCAUGCGGCAGCUGGCCCAGACGGGCAGCCUGGGACGCACCCCGGAGACUGCGGAGUUCCUGGGUGAGGACCUGCAGCAGGUGGAGCAGCGGCUGGAGCCCGCCAAGCGAGCCGCCCACAACGUCCACAAACGACUGCAGGCCUGUCUGCAGGGCCAGAGCGGGGCAGACCUGGACAAGCGGGUGAAGAAGCUUCCCCUCAUGGCUCUGUCCACCACCAUGGCUGAGAGCUUCAAGGAGCUGGACCCUGAGUCUAGCCUGGGGAAGGCCUUGGAGAUGAGCUGUGCCAUUGAGAACCAGCUGGCCCGCAUCCUGGCCGAGUUUGAGAUGACCUUGGAGAGGGAUGUUCUGCAGCCACUCAACAGGCUGAGUGAGGAGGAGCUGCCUGCCAUCCUCAAGCACAAGAAAAGCCUGCAGAAGCUGGUGUCUGACUGGAAUGCGCUCAAGAGCAGGCUCGCUCAGGCAGCGAAGAACUCAGGCGGUAGUCAGGGCCUGGGAGGUGGCCCCGGCGGUCACGGCCACGCCACCACGGCCAACAAGGUGGAGACGCUGAAGGAAGAGGAGGAGGAGCUGAAGCGGAAGGUGGAGCAGUGCAAGGACGAGUACCUGGCCGACCUGUACCAUUUUGCCACCAAGGAAGACACAUACGCCAACUACUUCAUCCACUUCAUGGAGAUUCAGGCUGAUUUCCAUCGCAAGUCUCUGAGCUCACUGGACACGGCCCUGGCUGAACUGAGGGAGAACCACAGCCAAGCAGACCCCUCCCCCUCGAUGACGGCCGCCCCCUUCUUCAGGGUGUACGGGGUGUCUCUGGGAAGGCAUCUGCAGGAGCUGGGCCGGGACAUCGCCCUGCCCAUAGAGGCCUGCGUCACCAUGCUGCUGUCCGAGGGCAUGAAAGAAGAGGGCCUCUUCCGUCUGGCCGCUGGGGCCUCUGUGCUGAGGCGCCUGAAGCAGACGAUGGCCCUUGACCCCCGCAGCCUGCAGGAGUUCUGCUCCGACCCCCACGCCGUGGCAGGUGCUCUCAAGUCCUAUCUGCGGGAGCUGCCAGAGCCUCUGAUGACCUUUGACCUCUAUGACGACUGGAUGAGGGCAGCCAGUCUCAAGGAGCCGGAGCCCCGGCUGGAGGCCCUCCAAGAGGUGUGCAGCCGCCUGCCCCCCGAGAACUUCAACAACCUCAGGUACCUGAUGAAGUUCCUGGCACGGCUGGCCGAGGAGCAGGAGGUGAACAAGAUGACGCCCAGCAACAUCGCCAUCGUCCUGGGGCCCAACCUUCUGUGGCCCCCUGAGAAAGAAGGGUGAGGGGCUGUGGGGUGCAGGAA